GUUGUAAACCCCUCCUGCUGCGCCAUGAUUGGUCAGCUCUCACUGGACAUCAGGGACAUGUCCCCGCCCCCCAGCGUGGUCCCAGGUAUAAAAAGAUCCAGGUCAACAGCUGAGAGGGCAGAACAGUUAGUGACAGGACUCUACAUUCCCCCUGAUCUCUCCUCCACUCUUCUUCUCCUCUCCAUAAAAGUGUUGUUUUCUUCUUCUUCUGCUCUGAGCCUCCUCUUCCUCUCUCUGGAUUUGUUCCUCCGGGCCUGGUUGUUGUUUUCUGGACUGGACCAUGGAGCUGUCGGAUAUCUCUUUCCCCCUCCCAGCAGCAGAUGAUUUCUAUGACGACCCCUGCUUCAACACCAGCGACAUGCACUUCUUCGAGGACCUGGACCCCAGGUUGGUCCACGUGAGCCUCCUGAAGCCGGACGACUCCUCCUCUUCAUCCUCGCCCUCUCCGUCCUCCUCCUCUUCCUCCUCUCCAUCCUCCCUCCUCCACCUCCAUCAGCACGCCGAGGUGGAGGACGACGAGCACGUCCGCGCUCCCAGCGGCCACCACGCGGCGGGCCGCUGCCUGCUGUGGGCCUGCAAGGCCUGUAAGAGGAAAACCACCAACGCGGACCGGAGGAAGGCGGCCACGAUGCGCGAGAGGCGGCGGCUCAGCAAGGUCAACGACGCCUUCGAGACCCUGAAGCGCUGCACCACCGCCAACCCCAACCAGAGGCUGCCCAAGGUGGAGAUCCUCCGCAACGCCAUCAGCUACAUCGAGUCUCUGCAGGCGCUGCUGAGAGGAGGCCACGAGGACGGGUUCUACCCGGUCCUGGAGCACUACAGCGGGGACUCGGACGCCUCCAGUCCCCGGUCCAACUGCUCCGACGGCAUGGCGGAUUUUAACGGACCGAGCUGUCAGACAAACAGAAGAGGAAGCUACGACAGCAGCUCUUAUUUCAACGAGACUCCAAACGGCGGUCUGAAGAGCGAGAGGAGCUCGGUGGUCUCCAGCCUCGACUGUCUGUCCAGCAUUGUCGAGCGGAUCUCCACCGACAACAGCAGCCUCCUGCCCCCCGCCGACGGCCCCGGGUCCCCGCCCACAGAGCCCGCCGCGGAGGCAGCGGCCCCCGGCUCCGUCCAGAUCCCCUCCCCGACCGCCAGCCAGGACCCCAACAUCAUCUACCAAGUCCUAUAGACCCUCAGAGCCGGGACAUUUACACCAACGACACACUGUACAGUCAUUAAAACACAGAAACACGACAUUUUUAAACAUUUUUAAAGGUAUUGUUGAAAGAUUGUGGGCUGGACUGAGAAUUUACUUCCUUUUUUCAUCAGACAGUGUUAUUUUAUUUAAAACCAAUGAUCUAAAAUGACUUUCUUGCCUAAUUUUAUUGAUUCAAGCUGAAAGUACGGAGGGUCAAUCCUGCCAGGAGAAAAAUUGACUUACAAAAAUCAAAUGUCCCAAAAGUUUUUUUUAUUAUUAUUAUUAAUUUUUUUAAACCAUUUUCAACCUUCUUUAGAGACUUUUUGUGGAACUAUAAAACAUAAAAAAUUAUUUUUUUGUAAAUACAGAAUAAAAUAUGUUUUAAUGUUUAUUGUUAAAUUGCAGUUUCUUAAUAUUUUUAGUCUUAAGUCAUCAGCUUUAAAAGCAACAAAAAUAGGCAAAUUUGAUUAAAUUGUGAUAUAAAUAAAUACUCAAAAAUGCAUUUUUUUAAAUUUACCCAAUCAAGUUAGUUUGUUAGUUUAAGAAAUAAUUAACAGAUAAUUAUUUACCAUUCAAAAGUUGUCGUAUUUUUUUCCCCUGGCAUGACUGAGCUUCCAUAGCUUUGCUGAAUUCUCCUUUUUUCCUGCUGUAUUUGUAUAUUUUGGACAAAGCCACUGGAAUGCUGGGAAAUGUAGUUAGGCUACACUGUAACAGAACUACUACAGGAUCUAAAUCAGCUCAACUCUUGUUUUAUCUGUUUUUUUAAGUUAAGAAAAGUCCGAUUUUGAGCGGUUCAGAUGGAUUUUUCUUCCCGUUGGUGAUGUUCGUUGAUUCGAUGAAGGACGGAGGCCCAAAACAAAGAAAAUCAUCCAUUUACAUUCCUCCACGUUCGUCCAUCUGAAGCCUGAGAUGCCCCAGCUGUUCAAUUCCCAAAGGACAAAAAAAACCUACAAAAAUAUUUCACUAAAAACCUGCGUUAAUGCCGAGACCUCCAAGUCAAACUUAAAAAUGCCGGUGGAGUUUUCACUCACUGCAGCGGAGGACCACUUUUCUCUUUGUGUACAUAUUCAUGUAAAUAAGAGCGGAUUUGUUCCAAGUGAAAGUAUUAAUUAUGUAUUUAAUGUUCCGUCUGUAUGUGCUUUUGUUUGUUGUGAAAAUGUUAAACUUUAUAUUUAUACAUCUGAAAACAGAGUGACGG